GUUCCACUGUAUUUAUUUAUUUGUUCCUUUGCCCGUUUGCUUGGUUGUUUGUUGGUUUGGAUCUUAGCCUAAGCGACUAUAACAUCUCUAUUAGCUUCACUUUAUCUUGUCAGUAGAAUUAUAUAACCAAAAUAAUUCAUCGCUAGCUGAAAUGACAAAAGCAUUUAUCCUAAAACUUGCAGAGGAUUUUAUUCAGCGAUGGGGGACACAUUACAUCAAGUCUUCCAAAUUCGGCGGCCAAUUGCAGAUUCGUAAAUUUAUGGCUGCCGCGGACGUGUCGAGCAAAAACGAAUUCUCAAAAGAAAUGGAGGUGGAGUAUAAAAGUUUGUUUGCCAGCGCUGGCGCUAAAAAGAGCAGCUCAGGCGGAGCGUCCUCGAGAAGUCAAAAGAAAACGUCUUCCACCACAGUUAUUGCCUUGGGAGGAAGCCAAAAGAUCGCUACUAUCUUGUCAGACGCGUACUCACCGACUUUCAAAAAUGAGUUUAAGGACUGGCUGAUGUCCAUCCCUCAGUAUCCUAAACCGUUCCAUUUCCAAGUUGGCAUGGUUACUGACCUGUUGAAUUUCCGCAUGCACGACUUGUUUCCGGAAGAAGCAGUCAAUUGGGGCUGUGAAGGUAACGCCGCUAGUCUGACGACUGAGACUAACGCGAAUGGAGAAGAAGUGUCUUUCUUCCAGACCGCUGGUGCUAAUGGCACGGUGAAGCAUUACUGCGCGUUUGAUAGUCGAAAGGGACUGGAAGAAGCACUGAAGAGAAGAAGGAUCAGUUUGAAGAGGGCCAUUGAGGUUUACUUGGAAGAGGGCCCAACCUCUAUCUCCGAUUUUAAUCUGCCUGCGUGCCGACCUACCCCAGCACCACCAACAGGAGACUUGCUUCAAAGUGCCAUUCUUAAAAGGUCGAUGAAUGCGACACCCAACUGGCAGACUAUCGCCGCAGGAAAAAAACACCUUCGUGUUAUUUUCGAUUUGAAGAAGGACCUCAUUGGAAAUGAUGACUAUCGCAUUCCUCGCAACAUGAGUCGCCUGGUGAAAUUCUCGGAGGGAAAGUGGCUGACAGCUGAAGAAGAUGGCUCUUUCCACUUCUACAACGGUUUUAUGAAUGGCAACAGCGGUGAUCCUAGAAAGCACAAGAUAUCCAUUCUAGGUUUGGUUCUGUCUUACAACCAGAAGACUGGAGGAUUAGAGCUUCUACCAGCUGACUUCGAAGCAUCCAAAAAGUUCUUCCCAGACCUUCAUGAUACUUUUGUUUGGCAGCGUUUGGCUAGUGUCGUGGAAGAUAAUACAGUGGUUUCUAUGACAGCAGACAAGAGGGAGACAUUGGCGAACCCUCCUUGUCACGUGCAGUGGUCCAACUCGCUUCGUUUUGAUCCCACUGACGGAGGAGGCAAAUGUCUUCACUUCACUGCCGCUACUGAAGGAAGUCUGUUUGUCGUGUUCUCGGCUUUGCCUAAGGACAAGAAUACUUGGUAUUACGUCGAAAUUACACCCCAGAGAGUUGCUAUUUACAAGGGAGAGCAAUUAAAGACUUCAACCGCUGACCCAAACGCACUGGGCCUGGGCGAUCCAUCUCUACUGCAGGCUUACUUUGUGUGUGUCACUGAGUCUACGUCAACAACUCUGAUAGAAUACGGCAAAACCAUGGGAACCACAGAAAGUGGGGAUGUCUACCUUAACAUGCUGGACACCACUCACCGUCUGAAUGUACGGUUGUAUGCUUUUGCAAACAGCAAAGAAAGGGCGUAUGUUAUUGAUGCGCAUAUAGUACCACGUGAGAUGACUGAGGCUGAGUGCAAGGGAGAUACACACAAGGAUCUGGAAUCUAGGCUGUGCACGCAGAAUUGUCAUGAGGAUUGUGAUCCACUCUUUGGUUGUACCACACAGUCAUCUGGGAACCCGCAGCCAAAUGAGUGUAACGUGUGCCGUGUUGCCAAGGACGCUGCAUCAGGGAAUUGUCUUCCGGAAUGUAAAGAACCUAACUACCUAACACCUGACAACUUUUGUGUCGAUAAGAGUGCUACUUUUGAUAUGCAAGUGGGAAAUUCACCCUACGGAAUAUCAAUACGUCAAAUCCCUAAGCUGGCCUCCAUCACUAUGUGCUUUUGGCUUCGUUUCCCUGCGGCAAUCGUCAUAGAUAACAAGAGUUACUUUCCCAUGAUUAAUUAUUAUGUGAGUGGCAGGCGGUACCAGGAGUUUGCACUAAACUGGUAUCCAAACCGAGACCGGACGGAGCCUGGGAUGCAAGUAGCUUUUAAAACAUGGAGAAGAAAUAAUAAAUACUUACCAAGGUACUUUUUGAGACUAAAGUUUUAAGAUUUAACGCAGGUUUAAACAAUAAAAUUUUCAUUAGACAGGAGGAGAAUAAAUGGUUCAGCGGGGCAAAGUGCGCAGCCCUCGUACUCUCAGGGCAAGUACAAAGCGCGAGACAGGUGCGAAGACUUAACGACGACUUCUCUUUAAGAAAUCCUUUGCAUUUUUAAAUCUAUCUUUUUAAGAGGGAAGUCGGCCAUUUGUUUUGCUGUACCCUUAAUGAAUAGUUUUGUUAACAUGCCAUAGAAAAUACAGGUAAUUAGAAUACAGCAAAACCAUUAUAUACUCAACUGUAUUACACCCAGCCUUCCCAUCGUGCCC